UGGUGGGGUGUUUUGGCGCUAGGCCUGGGACGUCACAACCGUCACAGCCUCCUUUCUUUAGCUUUUCUUAGCUGGUUAGCGCUUGUGCUUCCUCCAUGCAUUGAUUAGGCGCCGUCUAAAGCCACACCGGUGACGACUACGUACCUCGUACCUUACACGGCGGAUCACUCCUGGCUUAUAUUCUAGCUCUCUUCCGGUGCUAUUCCUUCGACUUAUAGCUAGCUCUAUGCUAUCAGAACGGUAUACCGACCUUUUGGCUUGACCGGUUUCCUAGGCUCCGAUAUUCGAAAUACGAACGGCAGGCAGCGAACAACGACAACCAGUCUCCUCCUUACAGUUGGAUAGAGAAGGACUCGGAUAGGAUAUCAAAUAUGGCGGACGAUCAGGAACAUGAAGGCGCCUCCGUCAAAGAGCAGCUGAUCGAAGCCUGCCGGCGAAACAAUGUCGACCUUCUGAACGAGAUCAUCUCGAACUGCAAGAACGACGACGAGAUAUCCGACCUCCUGAACAACACCACCACCGUCAUGGGAAACCAUCUAUACCACGAAGCCGCGCUUCAGGGGAACUACGAAAUAAUCGACACCCUCCUCGACCAGCCGAACUUCGAAUGCGACCCGCUGACGCGCGCCGAGGGCGACACGCCGCUGCACAGCGCCAUCCGCUGGAUCAACAGCGAGCCGCCCGCGCAGCGGGACUUCGGCAACGCGCUCGUGGGCAUGAUGCUCGAGGCCGGCUCGAGCACGCGCGCCCGCAACAAGGCCAAGCUGACCCCCUACCAGCUCGUCGACCCCCGCAACGCCGCCCUGCGCGACCUCAUCCAGAAGCACGAGUACGCCGAGCUCAACGCCGGGGACUUUGUUGAUGCUGGUGCCGAUGUGAAGCCCGCUAAGCCUGCUAAGGGCGGUGCUGCUGCUGCUGCUGCUGCGAACGCGAAUGUGGACGUGCGGCACGAUGCCCCUAGCGACGAUGAUGAUGAUGCCGAGUUCUCUGGCAGCGAUGAUGAGGAGCGUGCGGAAUGGGAGCGGCGACGCAAGAACAAGGGUCGGUGAGCGGGUUUAAGGGUGUGUGGCUAGGUGAAAAAAAAGAGGGGAUAAACCUAUUAGAAACUUAGGGAGAAGAAGAAGAGGGAACGGUAGGGUAUGAGACGAAUAGGGCCACGGGUAUAGACGUAUCUUGAGAUGCGGGCUUGGUGUCGCUAACCACGGGAAUCGAGUCAUAUCGAGCCAUGCGGGCAUCGUUUAAUCAGCACAUAGAAGCAAAUCAUGCAUGAUAUCGCCGUUUCCGUGUCGACUGGGUGUGUGAUUGAGUGUCGACAGUUUAUACCUCACAUCUAUGAAGGAAUCAAUUAUGAGCCUAUUGCAGAAACCCCUGGGUUCCAUUGAAGUGACUUGGUCUCCCUUCUUUAUCGUUGCCCCUUUUCACAACUGAGACGCCACAAAGAACGACUUCAAUCGACUAUUUGAAAGACUUGCUCUCCUAGUAAGUCAGAUAUCAGAUGUUCACAGGGUGAUGGAAACACAGGUUGGUUAACAUAGAUGCACACAGAAUGAUCUCAAACAGAAAGUCAAAUAGACUGCAGGAGAUUCAUCAUUUAAACGCAACGAAAC